CUUUCCUCGCCCCAGUCUCUCGUUCAAAUCCGCGUUGAUUACUUCCUGGAGCUGCUGCCACGCACAUGCGGGGAGCAAGACACGAAGCUAUUAGCUCCGUUGCAUCUGCUGUUUGUCUGCAUCCAAUGGGCACUCGAUGAGCUCAGCCAGCGCCCGCAGCACUGCUCUUGUCCCGCAAGGCACCGGCGACACCCAGUAUAAUGUGCGGGAUGCAGCCCUGCGCGGCGCGUCGUCAGCUUUCUCGAAGCCGCCGGUCAAGCCCAAGCCGCUGGCCAACACAUACACGGGCGGGGGCAAUGGUGCGCUCCUCGCAGCUACCAAAGCAGGCACGGGUGGAACGCCGCGGAACACGACGCCAUCGGGCACUGCGACGCCCGUGACGAGGGACUGGACGGGCGGGAGCGCGAGGAGUUCUGCCAGGCCCUAUGCCUCGCCCAGGCCAUCGCUGAGCAAAUCCAGUAGCUCCAGCACUCUAGCUGUGCCCGACGACAGCUUCGAGCGGAUACCAUCACCCUCCAACAUUGCCGCGAGGCUGGCUGCCGCGCGAUACAGCCCCAUGAAACCCAUCUCGCAGCGAGCGCCGACGCCAAUCAUGACCGAGCGGGACGUCAACGAGCGGGAUGUGCUGCCUCCCCCCGGCAGCGUAGGCAAUGUGCUGGCGCGGCUGGAUUCGAGGCAGCAGAACGUGCCCAAGCUGACCAGGGACGCGGCCAAGACGGACCCGGUUGCCAUUGCGCGAGCACAGCACGCAGGCCUGGACAGGCCCACCGACGACACCCCGAUCCCCCCGACCAGCGCGCUGGUGAACAUGUUUGAGCAAAGCCGGCCAGUCUCACGCACGUCUCCGACUCCCGUCCGCUCACCCAAGCCACAGCGCGCUUUCAAGAUUCCACUCGAACCGAAGGCCGGCGAGCCUCUGGAGAGACAGCGGACAAAGACACCUCCUCCUGUGAAACCGAAGCCGAAGCCACUGUCUGACCCGCCGCAUUCCGCAGAUGGGGCUGCUGAGAAUACCAGCUUCAGGAACAUCCGGAAAGACACCUUCGGUCCACCUCCUGUGAUGCGGGAGACCUCGGAGAAACUGGCCGUCAAAACAGCGAACCCUCACCCUAAGCCACCACCGAAGACUGCUUCACAUAGCCGCCCAAAGUCGGAGGACAUGACACGAUCUGCCUCACGCAAUUACAGAAGACUGUCUUCGUCUCUGAGUCACAACGAGACUCCGUCGUCUCCUUCGUCCUUUGUAUCUGCUCGUUCAACUCAGGAAGAGAAGCCAAAACCCAAGCCAACCAUACCACCACCACGACGCUCGGCGAAGCCCAAGGGGGAAGUAAAACAGGUUGCGUCUAGACCGAGUACUGCUACGCCCUUGUCAAACCCCUCACCCACUCGCGCCCGUGCAUCCAAGCCUACUUCUCCCUUUCCUCCGCCUGCACAGCUCACCCCUCCUAGGAGAGCUUCAGUAUCAGGAACAUCCACACCAACCGGCACCUUUUACCAUUCGAACUACCAACGUGAGUCGGCAAGAUCCAUAACGAAGCACAUGACCGGGGAAAGCCUCUCCAGUGCCAUCAUGGGAGCCGCAUUGGCUUCCUCUCGAAACGUCUCACCAGCUCGGCCCUCGUCCAGCCAUCUCGGGAGCCCGUAUCUGGCUGCAACCCCGCCAUUGCCUGUACGGAAGCACCAUCAUUUCAGCCAUUCGCCUUUCGGUCGCUCUCCAUCGCCGCCGAAACCUAAGCCCCAACCUACCGGCAAGCUGCGUACUACGAUGCGAAAAGAUCCUUCGUCGUCAGACGAUGAAGAAAGCGAGAAGUACAAACGCAAAGGCACGCGAAUCAUGGGAAUGGGUCGCAAGCAUCCGAACAAACACCACGAGGGGACCCGCAAGCGCUGGCGCGACCAAAUCACCGAACGCGAACGCAAACGCUACGAGGGCGUCUGGGCAGCCAACAAAGGCCUCUUCAUUGCCGCGUCGUCUUCAGGCUCCCGCGCGUCGUCGCGCUCCCCCCAACCUACCUCGGAGGAUGACCCAUCCCAAGACGUGCUCAACAUUGUCGCAAAGGAGAUUUGGAGCCGGAGUCGCCUGCCCGAACACGUUCUCGAAGAGGUGUGGGAUCUGGUGGAUAGUAGGGGAGCUGGGAGGCUGAAGCGAGAUGAGUUUGUAGUAGGCAUGUGGCUGAUUGAUCAGCGGCUGAAGGGUAGGAAGCUGCCCAUCAAGGUCGGUGACAGCGUGUGGCACAGCGUUAGGGGGGCUACGGGCGUGAAGGUCAAGGUUGGGGAUCGCUCUCACAAAGUGCACAAGCCGCAUGUCAAGGUGCCGUUGGAUGUUCGGCUCUUGUGAGAAGGUUGUUCGGAUGCUGGAUUAGAGAAUGUGUUGGUUUUCCUAUGUUUUAGACGAGAUACCCAUAGUGCCAAUUGCUACUGUCUCUA